AUGUUUGAUACCCCGACGCGCUCACUCUCGCGCCUCAUGUCGUACGCGACUCAGGGCGCUCCGAUGACCGGUGAGCAACCUCCUGACCCUGUCAAGGAGUCCCAUCGUCUGUUGGCCAUCUACCCUCUUGCUUCAGCCAAUCCGUCUGCUCACGUCACUCGACACCUGAGCUCUCUGACACUCAGUGGAGCACCUCCCUCUGCCCUUCAACCGCAGUAUUACGCGCCUCAUCCUCAUGGCAAUCCUCCACAGUACUCGCAAUAUCCUUCUGUAGUCGAAUCUCUUGUGCGAUCUGAAGGAGAUGAUUCCGGCUUUUGGGAGGCUUCGCGCGGAGAGGCGACGCAUUAUUUAAGUCAGCAAACUGAACCCUCCUAUCCAUAUCCCUCUGCCUGGUCGCCUCCCAAUGCGCAACUUUCGUCGUAUCGGACAAAUCCAUUUGCUCAAGCCAUUAUCCAGAGAACUAACCCGGCCACUGCAUAUCCGACACCGCCGCCGCCGGCGACCUCUUCAUCAUCUCAUGCCGGUGCACUUGGUCCCCCACCACCUUCGAACGGACACACGGUCUACAAGCCCCAACAGUCUACCGCCUUUUUUGAACACUUUCUCGAGGACCAUGCUAGACGAUUGGAUCAGACUGUCGUCGCGUCCAAACCGCUCUCCGAAGCAGUAUCGCAGUCCCAUUUGGCGCCAGUCCGCCCCAAAACGCCCCAGACUCGAGUGCCAGCCUUAACAGAUGAAAGUCCGGAUCCUCUGGCCAUCAUCACUCCUGCUCUUACGCCCCGAAAGCGUAAAUCGAUGACGCAGCUUGAAUCCCCUACUGUGAAGCGCGCGUUGCACUCACCUGCGCCGACAUCUGUGCCAGCGACACCGAGCACAGGUCCACGGUCUCGAUUUUCACCUUCCACGCCUACAUCUGUGGUUUCAACGCCAUCAAGACCACGGAUGCAGAUGCUGUACGUUGAGGUGCCGUCUUCGCCGUGGGCAUCUCCCAACAAACGCCGUGCCCAAUCGCCAGAUGACUUAGGCGGAUAUGGAUCAGACAGCAGUCCCCAACGACGCAGCUCCAGUGGCAUAGUCACCUCUUCUCGACGCACCGGAGAGCAUGAUGAACGUGCCCCACUUGAGAAGCUCACCUACAUCCUCGAAGCGAUAUUCGAAGCAGAAGAUUCGCUUGCCCCAGAUACCGAGCUAGCUUCCCUUCCCGAUUUUUUCUCGCGCCAGACGACCGUCGAUUGUUCUCAGCCCCUGCUCGCCACUACAACGGUCCGCAAACUAACGAAAUACAUCGGCCAGGUAGGGAAACCCACGAAACGCGUUCGACAUGCCAAUGCGACAAGCACACCGCGUUCCAGGGAUCAAACGAUCGCAGAUAUGGACACUGCGAUAUUGUCUCGUAUUCUGAAGCUGCUCGAGCGAUCAGUCAAAGCCGGCGAGGAUAUUGAUCCGUUUGCGGGUCCCGUCGUGACACCGGCAGCAGCAUCUCUUCCUAAUAAUUCCCCCAAGAAGCUAAUCAAGAAGGGCAAGGCUAAGCAACGAGAGGAUGAAAUCGGGACCGCAUUCAAUGAUUCCCCAGCUGCUCGAGUCGAGCUAUCCGAUCUGGAUUAUGCAAUGCUCAGCCGCGCUCUAGAGAUUGGAAAGGACAGCAUCUUCGCAGUCCAAUGCUGUCUCGCCUUGUUAGGUUCUGGACGUUUGACAAAGCAGCUGUACUCGGAGGAGCUCAUUACUUCAUGCAUGAAUGCUGUCAAAAACCAGCUCACAACAAUCAUCUAUCCGUUCGUAGAAGUUGCAGCUGGAUCGGGCGGGAUACCAGGCUCGGCAGGAAUCAGCGUGCAGCUUGAUCACGUUGUGUGGCAGGGCGCUCAUCGACAUGUGUUGAGCGAGCUUUUCCAGGUGAUAUCGGCUGUUUUCCCGCAGCUGAGCUCACUGGUCGAUGCGGACUCGGUGUCCAUGUCAGAUAACAUCAUAAUCCAGUCGGUUUAUAUUGCCAUUGGACCUUUCUUUGUAGCGGAUUCGGGUGAAGAUGGAAGUGGGAAGAAGGAGAAGGAUAGUGCGAUUGUGAUCAGGACCUUCGGAAAGAGUGCAAUGAGAGGGUUGAGGUUGCAUGCCUUGUCGUUGAUUCGAGCGGUCAGCAUGUCCAUCGAUUUGGCUUCCAUCUCUGACACCUCGCAGAUCUUCGCAAACCAUGGUGAUCAGCGGGACUGGAUCAUUGAAGAGAUCUUGACAUCGCUCAUCAAAUUGUCCGACUCCAAGCAAAGGGCUGGCCAGUUUCGACUGCGAGACGGUCGGACAAUCAGGACGGUUUCCGCUCUGUUACUGCAGCUCGUUCAGACUUCGGCGCAUGACGUUCGGCUCAAAGCACAAAACAUUGCACAAGAACGGCGCAACAAGUUUGCUUUGAAACGGGCAGAAAGUCUGACUGAGAGUCAACUUAAACUGCAUCAGCAGGAAGAAUUUCUGGAUGAACAAGACCAUGCUGAAACGCGCUUGUAUCGGUCUGGUCUUGAAUCAGCCACAAAGGCCGCAAAACAAAUCAUCGCUUUUUUGACACAGCGCUCAGGGAAAGGGAAAGCCACGAAAACGAGCAACGAAGCCGAGUAUCGUGGAAUCUUUGAUAAUCUGAUUUCUGAUCUGCUCGCGGUGCUGUAUUGGCCCGAGUAUCCUGCUGCCAGCUUUAUCCUGAACAUUGUGACGAAGUACAUGGUGGCCGCGUUAGAGGAUGUCAAGACUUCCGGUGACGCGAAUAAUGCGGCCAAGACAAUGGCUCUGGAUCAUCUGGGCAUUAUUGCAGCAAGGAUCCGCUGUGGGGUGCUCAAAUUUGCCGAUGCUGCCAAGCCCCUCAAGUCGAUUGAUCGCAUCACGUCCACCCUUGAGAUCAAGUCGCUGGAUCGGCUUUUAUCUGCACACCAAGACGUAUUUGCCCAUCUCAUCAAACGGUCAGAAGAGGAGCAAGCCUAUGCGAGCGCUCGAGAGCUCACGGCCGCGACGUUUGCGCAAGAACUGUCAGUCGCUCUUGAGAAGGUCAAUCUGUGGAUGAUUAGCGAUGGUGAGGGGGCCAUUCGAGAUGAAAGCAAGCUCAAGGCGUUCGGGGAGAAACUCAAGUCGGCCAUGCAUAACGUGUGGAAAGAUCAGGCGCAGGAUGUGUUUGAUGUUGGUUCCCAAGAGGAGGUUCAACGCAUUGAUCGUCUUUCGGAAGAAAUCGGUUCGAUUCAGACGCUUCGCAACUCAUUCCAGCCGAUUUUGAAUGUAAUCUUGUCUGCACUAGACGCGCCGGCGAUCUUCAUGCGAACCAAAGCCUUGCGUGCUUUGGGCCAAAUUGUUAUGAGUGAUCCGACCAUUCUCGGUGAAGCGAGCGUGCGGCGGGGCAUCGAGCGUCCCUUGCUGGAUAGCUCAUCUGCUGUGCGGGAUGCGGCGGUCGAGCUGAUCGGCAAAUACAUGAUCGACUGGCCCCAGGUCGCAGGCGAUUACUACACGAAAAUCGCGGACCGCAUUGCGGAUACAGGAUUGGCAGUCCGCAAGCGCGUCAUCAAACUUCUCAAGACUUUCUAUGGAAUCAUCACUGAUACGGAGCGCAAGGUGGAUAUAUGCACUCGACUCGUCAAGCGAAUGGCAGAUGAAGACGAAUCGGUCCAAGAACUGGCGAGCAAAGCCAUUGAGGAAUUGUGGUUCCCUGUGACGCUUCCCUCCGCACUCAAAUCUCGAGCCUCAAUCUCAGGCCAGGAUAAGACCGCCCUGUUGUCGAAAGUGGUUGUGAUCAUGGGCACAUCGGCUAAUUUCAAUGACCGACAGUCUCCUUUGGAGGACAUCUUACAUCAGAUCAUUUCCGGAAAGCAGGGCACCGAGGCUGCAGGCCUCCACGCUCGCUAUUCGGAGAUCUGCGAGACCCUGAUCGAUGGUCUAGUUGACGCUUCCGAUCUGCCUGGCUUUACUGUGAUCAAUUGCGUGCGAGCAAUCUAUUUAUUCACUGCAUCAUAUCCGGCUGUUCUCUCCGACUCGAAUGCGUCCACGCUAUUGCCAUACUUGAAGUCUGCAUCCACAUUAGAGGAACAAGCGACGAGCGAGUACCUGCUCAAGAUCUUCCGGACAUCGCUGGGUCAUCUGCCGAAGACGGCGCUCAAGUUCGGACAGGAGUUGCAGGCUGCUCUGCAACCGAUGAUCAUCAAGCCAUCGUCUAUAGGCGGCUUGCAGGGUCUGCAGGAAACUGUGUCUUGCAUGUGCACAGUAGUGCAGAUGUUAACACACGAUUUCACGAGGCUUGUAGCGCUGCUGAAGUCGUGCAACAUGCGUGUACAGCAAAGCUUGAGACAACUCGAGGCUGGCCGACAAUUGGCGCCCGCAGAUCUGCGAACGCUGGGGAUCUUAGUUGUCAUCGUAUCUCUGCUUGGAGAGCACUUCGACUUUGAGAAGGCUCGCGAGAACACGCCCAGCAUCACGAAUGAUUUGCACGGCAUCAGUGGACAAUAUACUGUCGUCGAGCAUAUCUACGAUACCUUGCUUCGGAUUUAUGCCAGAUGCGAAGAUGCCUCUCUCAAGGGUCGAAUCCUUCAGUGCCUUGGAUUCUUAUUCCGAGCCCAGCCAACGCUGAUGACGACAGAGCGGUCUGCGGCAGUAAUGGAUGAUAUCUUCUCGUCAUCGGACGAGGAGCGACGUGGGCGAUUACUCAAAAUCAUCCAAGAUUUUCUCAUCUCGGAGGCGAUCAAACACUCGAGCAAACUGAAGGAUUCCGCUUCUCUCAAGGCCAAGGCCAAGGCCGGGGCAGUGGACAUGGAUGAGUUGGUCGGAAAUACAGAUGGCUUUGCCGACUCGGGUGUGAGUUCUGCAGUUGUACAGCGCUACAUGCAGCACAUUCUAGACGCUGCAUUAAGCCAACACCCCGCUAUCCAAGCUGCCGCGGUAGAUGUAUUGACUUUCACCAUCAAACAGGGGCUGGCGCAUCCGUUGCAGUCGUUUCCGAUCAUCGUCGCACUCGAGACUAGUCCGAAUCCAAAUCUGGCGAGCAGAGCGGGGGCUUUGCACGCUGUUAUGCAUGAGAAGCAUGCUUCACUCCUCAACUCACGCUUCGUGUACAGUGCCAGGAUCUCAUUCGACUACCAACGCAAGAUCAACGAGCGGGGGCUUGUUUGCGGAUCACGCAAGAAUGUUGCGCUGUUGCACCCGUGGUACUCGCUAGUUAGGGAGAAAAGAGCACCUCGACAAGAGUUUCUCCGAUCUCUGCUCAAGGCAUUCCAUCUUCCCAAAAGUGAUGAAGCGACCCAAGACGAUGUUGACUUCGUGCGGUACAUGGCAGAGAACUUCGCAGCACUGGAUUACAAGACACAGGAGGAGCCCAUCACCGUGAUCAAAGAGUUGACCGGUGUUUUGUCGACCGAAGGAAUGCGGCUAGUCGAGCUGGUGUCCCCUUCCAAUCUGCUUACACAGCUGAGAGGGGAGGUCGCAUCGGAUGCCAUGGAUGUGGACGUUGACCGGGCACCGCUGAUGAGGGCUACUGUGGUCAUUUGCAUGGUCAUGAUGCUCAAGACGUUUCUCAAAAACAUAUACUCCUUGUCAGAGGAGUGCAAAAUGCUCCAAGUUCGUUCUGGCAAGAAGAGUGCACUCGGAGAUAAGCCGGCAAUGAGGAGACCCGAGCUGUCCUUCACUUGGGAUCGCCUGAACUAUGCUACUUCGCCCAUCUUGACCACCGCCGAUGCUGAUGCUCAGAAAGCUGCUUUCAUCGGGAUCUGGAACGAAGAUGGGAUUACUGCUGAACCGGAGGACGAGUUGGCGUGAGUAAUGUGCUGUAUUUUUAACACUGCUGUCUCUUGUUGUCGAGCACUUGCUGGACUUCCAUAACUUAUCCUGCAUGUACCCUGUAGUGCUACUGUGAUUUCUAAUGCUGUUCGCUAUGAUACAUAGCCAAAACUAUCUCCGAGUGAAAGGUAACUGGAACCCGGACAAUAACGCACGCGCUCGGUUCUCGGCACCAACCCCAGUCGCGUUGGUGACAAAAUGGAUGUGCAUACCAUAAGUUCUCGGAUAUGCAUCAACAUUGACCUCGAUUUGCGGGAAGAAAGCCAUUGCUGCAGGACCAAGCCCGAUCGACACAACGCCGGAGACGGCACUAGGACUGUUCUGCGAGGUAGAUGGCGGCGGGAGGAGGACACCAGGAAAGUCUUUCAGGCGAGGCAGCACAAACUCGACGAGUUGUGCGAGAAAGUCGUACAUGUGGGCACCCUUCAACUCCACUUUCGCACCUACAGGCACACCGGGCCUGAUCCAUCCUCCCACAGAUUUUUUCCCGUGCACAAGCUGCACACCAGACACGGCAUGUCGCCCGGCAGCUUUCUCGGUCUCCCCUGAAAUGGCUCGCAGGGCCAUGAUGAGUCCGAGGAGGUUGGACCGCUGCCCGAUGGCCUGCUUCAUGAAGGAGUGGAUCACAAUCUUUUCCAGGCGCACGACAUUUUCGGCCGUGUCAGGUGGUGGCGGCUUUUUCCCCAACUGUGACCCACCGACGGGGGGAUUGUGUCUGAAGCGCGAGUAUGGAUUAGAUGGGUCGUGGGUCAGACGGAUUUGGCGUGGCGGAGGGCGCGGACCAGAUUCGUGGAUGUAGGUCAUGUACAUGGCGUUAUCCUGCACUGUCGAGUAGUAGUGGUCCUCCACACGAUUUGGGGCAUAUUCUCGGCCGAACACUCGGACGUGCGGGACAGGUAGACGCGUUCGCCAGUCUCGUCGCAAUGGUUUCCUGAUGGGUGGAGGGCGCCCAAAGCGCGUCAAGGACCGCGCAACUCGUUGAGCAGGGUGGGACUGCAAGGAAUUCCAUCAGUGUAAGCUCGUUGACCAACUUCGAAAGACCUCUACCAUCGUU